CUUUCUCGAUAUAUAUGUACAUACACACGCAAACUGAAGAAACACAAGGAACUUGAAACAAGUAGGAGGGCUCUUCCAAAGUAUUGUCAGUAGCUGUAGUGGCUAUUUCAGAUUGCAAGCUAACAUGGAUUGUUGUGAAAAAUGGAAGCCAUUUGCUGCAAUGGUGGCUGUUGAUUUUGCUUUGGCUGUUGUCAACAUACUUCUUAAGAAGGUGCUGAAUGAAGGAGUAAACCAUUUGCUUAUAGUCACCUACAGACAAUCAAUUUCAGCAAUUUUCUUAAGUCCCAUAGCCUUCUUUUGGGAAAGGAAAGGCAGGCCGAAGCUCACUCCUCUCAUCCUAGGCCAUCUUUUCUUUAGCGCGCUGGUUGGGUCUACACUCACGCAGUACUUCUUCCUUCUUGGGCUGCAACAUACAUCAGCAACUUUCACAUGUGCUUUCAUCAACAUGGUGCCAGUGAACACAUUUAUUAUGGCAUUGCCAUUUGGGCUAGAGAAAGUGAACACAAAGAGCAAGAGUGGGAGAGCCAAAGUGUUAGGUAUGGUGGUUUCUAUCGGUGGGGCACUAGUAUUGACACUAUACAAAGGAAUGCCAUUAACAAAAUCACCACCGGAAACAAUAGGAACUAUGGUUCAGAAAACAGAGCAUGCAAACAAGAGAUGGCUCAUUGGUUCAGUUGUUUUGAGUGCAGGAAGCCUGACGUGGUCUUCAUGGUUCCUUCUACAAGCUAGAAUUGGGAAGAGAUACCCAUGUCAAUAUUCUAGCACUGCCAUCAUGUCCAUCUUCAGUGCUAUCCAGUCUGCCAUCUUGGGUUUGAUUAUUGACAGGAAUGUUUCCAAUUGGAUUGUCAAAGGGAAGUUUGAGAUCUCAAGUCUCAUAUAUGCUGGGAUGGUAGGAUCAGGCUUAUGCUACGUGGUGAUGUCAUGGUGUGUGAAGAAAAGGGGUCCUGUGUUUACAGCAGCAUUUAGUCCCUUCAUACAGGCAUUUGUUGCCAUCUUUGAUAUCUCCAUUCUACAUGAACAAAUUCACCUUGGAAGUGUGCUGGGAUCAACCUUUGUGGUGGUUGGCAUGUAUAUUCUUUUAUGGGGUAAAAGCAAUGAAGCUGAUAAUUUUAUUAUAAAGGAUGCUCCAACAAUGAAAGGGGAUGAAGAUUCCAAUAUUCAGUUGUCUUGUGUCAUACCUGUGACAGUCACUGCUGGUAAUCUAAGCUCUACUUGAAGUAUUCAAGGAACUUGUAAUUUUGAUCAAAUUCUUACCAAAAGUCUCAUAAUCAACCAUAUUAACUUCUAAUAUUGAUCAGUUUGUAGAAUGUAUCUAUAAUUGUUUUAGA